AUGGCUGCUCCCGGCUCCUUCCCCGGGUCGGGAGCGGGGCUGCCGGGCGUGGGGCAAUUCCGUCUUGAUAUCGGCGUCGGGAUAGAUGGCUAUCCUGACCUGGACGACGCCUACCGGCCGUCGCCCAAUGCUUCCCUUAGACGAGUGGCUACUCAGGGACAGCAUGGCGCCGUUGCGCCGAGUGCCGCGCCGCAGCAGAGCGCCGCCGCCGCCGCCGCCUCCGGGGGCCAGUUUGGCAUUCUUGCCCCCACGACGAUGCUGAGCGGCGUCAUGGAAGGGCACAUUGACGGGGCGCGGCACGUCUCGUUUGCCGUGGACUCGCACGAGCCGCGGCGCAAGGGACCUGGGAAGAUUGUCGUGGAUCCGCCGGAUUUACGGGCCUGGAGGGAGAAGCUCUUCAACGUGGAUGACAUGAUUGUCCUGACGGACGAGCAAUUCGAAACAUACUUCCCCCACGUGGACAACGUCUACUCGCACCGCUCGACCCAGCGCUACAAGCGCAAGCCGUUUGUCUCGCACUACUGGGACUGCCGGAUGAAGGGCCGUCCGCCGGGGACCCCAAAGUCCGACGACCCUUCCAAGAAGAAGCGCAAGAGGAGCGCGCGCGAGCGGGACCUGUGCGAUGUCAAGAUCCGCAUCACCGAGUACUUCCCAAACGCCAGCGCCUAUGUCGACCGCGAGGCGGCCGAAGCUGCCGCCGCGGCUGGCGCCACGUUGCCUGCCGGGCAGAGGUUCUGGACGAUUCAGCGCGUCAACGGCAACGGCGGGAAUGGCAAGGGCGACGGGGUGGCCGGUCCGCACCGGCACACGCUGGAGAGGAGUGACGAGAUCAAGAAGAAUAGCGUGCAGCGUUAUGUGGCGCAGCAGGAGAAACAGGCGAGGAAGAUGCAGGUAUGCCUCCUCUUUUCCUCGCUGAUUAUGUUGCGCGCGAGUGUCGAAUCUAAUCUUGCGGGUUUUGCAGAAGGCGCCGCCGAGAAAAGCAACCGGUGCGGCGGCGACGCUUGUGAAGAAGCGUUCAAAAGAGCACGACUUGAAGCUCUAUUCCUCCUGUUUCUGUUGGCGCAGCCCGUUCUCCCAAAGGGUGUGGAUAGCCCUCGAGGCCAAAGGUCUACCCUAUCAAUAUUGCGAAACCGACUCAUCCAAGGGCCCUCCCGCCACUCCCGCCUCAUCUACUACGCAAGCCGGUCCUAG